GCCUCGGCGAUGUGGGCCAAGCUAGCGCGCACACGGCAAAGAGCGGCUGCGGCACCAGUGGAGCUGUGGCGGCUGGUGCUGGAUGGCCGCGAAAUCGACUGGUGGCGCCGCCGUAGAAAGCGUCCAUGCUCUUCAGCCCUCGCCCGGCAAGUCUUCAUCCCCUAUUCUUCCACUACCACGGGCACAACCUGGGUGCUGGCUGAGAUCGUCCAGGACGACGACAAGGGGUUUGAUUCCUACACCAAUCUCAUCAAGUUGCUCGCUCAAUGGGUGACAACCUGCUAUUUGGUGGUUCUCUUAUUGAAUAUAUUUAUGUGAUGGAGUCUUGAUAUGUACCAUGACAUAUGUCCUGUACGGUUGUGGGGAAUGCACCGAGUAGAUGCAGCAGCCUUGAUGUUUGAAGUUACAGGGGCAUGGACUCUAAUUUGCAACCACAAAGUUUAUACUGUUGUCUGGGCGGGCCUAAAUAUGUGGCCGGUGCAAUUUUCUUCAACGAGUUCAAUCUGUCCCAGAUUCGGGUCCUCACCGGCUCAUUCGAAAACAACCUCAACACUAUGGAAGCCAGGUGGCAGGUACUACACAACUGGCAUAAGUAUGUUCUGAGAAUUGUUUUCUAUCCAUCUUAUAGUACAGUUUGUUAU